AAGUAAAAAAAACGAAAAAAAAAAAAAGGUGUAAUUUGAAGCUUUGAUAUUUGUUAAUUUGCUUAACUUUACGUGGGGCCCAAUGAACCCCUGAACCAUUUCCUUCUUUCAAUGAAACAACUGUAUACACUUCUUCCCUUUCGUAUAUAUCCUUCUCCCUUUCUCUCUCUUCUAUUUCCUCUUUCACUCCCUCUUCUAUUUCAUUCACACCAGGAGGAUCUCAUGUACUCGCUGGUGGAUCUCAACUAUAUUGAAGAAGAUCAUGAUGGCCCUUGAAAAUCGAGAAAAAAUGCAAAUAAACUGUGAGGCAUCUCUAAAGUGCCUUCAUGGCAAGGGAUUCCCUUGCAACUUGCAUUAUAAUGGGAGUUCUAUGGAUGUCCUGACUACAGAACUGAAAAAUGAGCCUGGUACUUAUUCAGCUGGGGAUAUUGCUGAAACUGACUGCCUUUUAGGCAGUGAGUUUCUUGAGCCUUCCAAUGCAUUUCAUGGCAAACCUAAUUAUCAUCAUGAUUACAGAACCUGGGCAGCCUGCCGGUAUAACUCUCACAAGAUGCAUCAAAGCCAAGUGAAUGCUUUUGAGAACCAUUUUUACCCUUAUCCUGUUGAGAACCAGCUUCAGUAUGUUCAAAUGGAUAUGUUUGCUGAAGGUUACUCUCAUGAUUUCCAAUACCAAGAAUUUCAGUAUUUUGUGGUCAUAGACUUUGAGGCUACCUGUGACAAGGAUAGAAAUCCCCAUCCUCAAGAAAUAAUUGAGUUUCCAUCUGUCAUAGUGAGUAGUGUGACUGGUCAGCUGGAAGCAUGUUUUCAGACAUAUGUGAGGCCUACUUGCCAUCAGCUUCUGAGUGAUUUCUGCAAGGAUCUGACUGGUAUCCAGCAAAUUCAGGUGGACAGGGGUGUUACCUUAAGUGAGGCUCUCUUGAGGCAUGAUAAAUGGCUUGAGAAUAAGGGGAUAAAGAACACCAACUUUGCUGUGGUUACAUGGUCUAACUGGGACUGUCGGGUGAUGCUGGAAUCUGAGUGCCGAUUCAAGAAAAUACGAAAGCCUCCUUAUUUUAACCGCUGGAUCAACUUAAAGAUUCCUUUCUGUGAGGUUUUUGGCACUGCAAGGUGUAAUCUAAAGGAGGCUGUUGAGAUGGCAGGUUUGGAGUGGCAGGGCCGUGCUCAUUGUGGCCUGGAUGAUGCCAAAAAUACUGCUCGCCUGCUGGCACUGCUUAUGCACAGGGGUUUUAAAUUUUCCAUUACAAGCUCUAUCAUGUGGCAGACUGCUGAUCAAUCCUUGAUGUGGAAACAGUCACCUGAGCAAAUGGGUGUUUUCCCUCAUUCCCCACACAAAGCGAAGGAUAUGAAUACUCCCAUGUUUCACUAUAACCCUUGUUGUUACUGUGGAGUGAAAAGCAGUAGGGGCAUGGUUAGGAAGCCAGGGCCAAAGCAAGGGAGCCUCUUCUUUGGAUGUGGAAAUUGGACUGCAACUAGAGGUGCCCGUUGCCCAUACUUUGAAUGGGCUCCUGCCUAACUGAAAGCACUUUGUGUUUAAAUAUGAUCAGAUCAAGCUUUCUUAUCUGUUCUAUGUAAAAAAUGAACUAAAAAAUAUAUGGAAAAGAGAAAGUGGAAGUGGGUUUUAAAAGUAGGGGUGUUGUCUCCAAGUUGAAGUAUGCAUGCCUGGCUGCCUGGUUAGCGUGGACGAAAAUAGUUGGCUCAGUCAAUUAUUUGUUGUGUAUGCUAAACAUCAAAGUAGUCUUCUAAAUGAGAAGGGGCUUCAGCUUGUAAAGCUGACUACUUGACUGGAGAAUCAUUUGGGAAUGUAAGGAAUGAGUAGUUAGGACGAUGAUAUACUUGCUCAGGCAUCCUAAAAUAUGCUAAAUAAACCGUGAGAUAGGGCUGUUUGUUUCCUUGCUCUAAUGGCAAUGGCUAUAUAUGCUUGUGGUUACUUCCCUGCAUUUUUCUGUGGACGAUAAUUUAACUUUGAUAUUUACUGCUGAACGGUCAUAACUCACAAGCUAAUGUGAGUUUCAUUAUAGGAAAGACUAAUUUUGGG